AUGAUUGAGAGGCCGAGACUCCACCCCAAUCACAGAAACCACCCUAAAACUAACAAUUUCUGGAAAUGGUUGGCUGGGAUUGCCCUCAUCCUCGCGGUCUUUGCAAUCCUAAUCGGAGUAGUUAAAAAGGGUGACCACAACAAAAAGGGUGACAAGGGUCACUGCCAUAAACACCGAAAGAAGCCCCAGGGAAGCGGCACCCAGACUGCCCCUGGAGGUACCCAGACUGCCCCUGGAGGUGCCCAGACUGCCUUUGGAGGUGCCCAGACUGCCUUUGGAGGUACCCAGACUGCCCCUGGAAGUGCCUUGAUACCUCUGCAAGCACCCAGACCGCAAGCACCCAGACCGCAGGCAUCCAGACUGGCUCUGGAGGCACCCUGA